AUGAAUAUCGACAAUAAUAAUCAAGAAACAUUGAAAGCUCCUAAUGAAGAUAUUCAAGAUCGUCCGAAUGAAAUACUUCCAUCAAUACACAUAUUCACACCGCAACAACAACAACAACAACAACAACGUCUCAAUCAAGAUGAGCUAUGUACAAUAUCUUCAGGAAUAAAAUCUCCUGAGAUUGAUCAGUAUCAUGAAAGUUAUUUACAGCAGCAAGUGAAAAAUUACGAGACAAGGUCAGAUGGUGAUAUUAAAUGGUUAGAAGAUGAUUACAAAGAACAUAUAAAACAAAUUGAACAUGUUCAAGAAUUAAAAGAAGAAGAGAAACAACAAUAUCAACUAAAACUAUCCAAACAAUUAGAAGAUACAGAACAAUGGGAAGAAAUGCUUUUACAAAAUCUAAUAACACUUUCUGAAAAACAAUCGAAACAGAUUAAUCAAUCACCUUAUCAAGAAUUGAUCUUUUGGAGUCAUAUUCUACAACAACAUCCAUCAUUAGUAAUGUCAGAAAUGAAUCAACUCUUACAUACUGUGGAUAACGUACAAAAUUAUCAAAGAUCACGAUUAGCCAUGAAAAAAUACAAAAAAUUCUAA